AUGGAUUCUCCCAUCAAUGUCCCUAGAUGGACACCAAGUCCAACAAGAACAUUACUCCCAAAAGAGCCUGUAACAAGGCCAAGAGAAGAUGACUUUGAGAUGCAAAGUGUUGCUUCUUUAGAAGAAAACUUUUCUGCUCCUUCUGGCGUGGACAAAAAUUUCCCAUUUAGCACUGGCUUUUCCACUGCUACUCCUAAACAUCGUUCGGAUAGAUCUGAAGCACCCACUCCCAGGAUCGAGAUGGAACAAGCUGUAUCACCAAAGAGAGAAAAAAAAAUUCUGGUUUGUUAUAAUGGUGAUUACACUGCAUCUUCACAAGGAAAUAAUGGCAUUUACUUGACAUGGAAGGACCUUUCAGUUACGGUUUCAAGUGGGAAAAAUGGCAGCCGUGCGAUUUUGCAGAAGCUUACUGGGUAUGCUGAGCCUGGAAAAGUACUUGCUAUCAUGGGUCCUUCGGGUUGCGGGAAGUCAACUCUUUUGGAUACUUUAGCAGGAAGACUAAAUUCAAACACACAGAAGACUGGAGAAAUCUUAAUCAAUGGUCGCAAAGAGAGACUUGCCUUUGGAACUUCGGCCUAUGUGACUCAAGAUGAUACUCUAAUGACAACAUUAACGGUAAAGGAAGCUGUAUACUAUUCAGCACAGUUGCAACUUCCGGAUUCCAUGCCCAAAUCCGAGAAGAAGGAAAGAGCUGAAAUGACAAUUAGGGAAAUGGGUUUGCAAGAUGCAAUGGACACCAGAAUAGGAGGGUGGAGCCAAAAAGGCCUUAGUGGUGGCCAAAAGAGAAGAGUUAGCAUUUGCAUUGAAAUCUUAACCCGCCCAAAGCUUCUGUUCCUUGAUGAGCCAACUAGUGCACUAGAUAGUGCAGCAUCUUACCAUGUCAUGAAACGCAUCGUUAUGCUUUCUCGCCAGGACGGAAGAACUGUUAUUGCAUCAAUUCAUCAACCUAGCAGUGAAGUUUUUGAGCUCUUCCACAAUCUCUGCCUUCUUUCCUCUGGAAGGACUGUUUAUUUUGGUCCUGUUGCAAAGGCAGAACAGUUCUUUGCUUCAAGUGGCUUCCCUUGCCCAAGUUUCAGAAAUCCGUCUGACCAUUACUUAAGAACCAUCAAUAAAGACUUUGCAGAAGACAUUGAACAAGGACUUGGUAGAACUAGUGCUGAAGAAGUCAUUAACAUUCUAGUCAACUCAUACAAAUCAUCCGAGACCUGCCAGGAAGUUCAACACCGAGUUUCACAGAUAUGCAACCAGAAAGGAGGAACUCUGGAGAAGAAAGGAAGCCAAGCAAGUUUCAUUACCCAGAGCCUUGUUCUUACAAGGAGAUCCUUUGUGAACAUGUAUCGCGACUUAGGCUAUUAUUGGCUUCGCCUCGCAAUCUACAUCGCCUUAUGUUAAUGUGUAGGGACUAUCUACUAUGACAUUGGAGACACUUAUGGCUCAAUUCAGGCUAGAGGUUCAAUGCUUAUGUUUGUUGCAGCAUUUUUGACUUUCAUGGCUAUCGGUGGAUUCCCUUCUUUUGUAGAGGACAUGAAGAUAUUUGGGCGAGAAAGGUUAAAUGGUCACUAUGGAGUUGGAGCAUUUGUUGUUGGAAAUUCAUUUUCGUCCAUUCCUUACUUGCUUCUUAUAUCUUUGAUACCUGGAGCAAUAGCUUAUUAUCUUGUUGGCCUUCAAAACGAGUUUGAACAUUUCGCCUACUUCGCUUUGGUGCUUUUCGUGUGCAUGUUGCUAGUUGAGAGCUUGAUGAUGACUGUUGCGAGCAUAGUACCAGAUUUCCUCAUGGGAAUCAUAACCGGCGCUGGAAUUCAAGGGGUGAUGAUGUUGAAUGGAGGAUUUUUUAGAUUGCCAGAUGAUCUUCCAAAACCAUUUUGGAAAUAUCCAAUGUACUAUAUUGCAUUCCAUAAAUAUGCAAAUCAAGGAUUUUACAAAAACGAGUUUGAAGGAUUAACGUUCCCCAACAAUCAAGCAGGAGGGCCUCCAACCAUCACUGGUGAAGAAAUAUUGAAAAAUAUCUGGCAAGUUGAGACGGGCUACUCCAAAUGGGUUGAUCUUGCUAUCUUGUUUGGAAUGGUUGUUGUUUAUCGUCUUUUAUUUUUGACAAUCAUCAAAACUGCGGAGAAGGUUAAGCCCGUUAUCAAAGCUCUAAUGGCUCCUAAACCAUCGAAUCAGAUUUGGGAGAAUCCCUCUGUCAAAAGAUCUUAGUUUGCAUGAGGCAA